UAGUAGUAGUAGUAGUAGUAGUAGUAGUAGUAGUAGUAGUAGUAGUAGUAGUAGUAGUAGUAGUAGUAGUAGUAGUAGUAGUAGUAGUAGUAGUAGUAGUAGUAGUAGUAGUAGUAGUAGUAGUAGUAGUGUAUUAUAUUCCCAUCAGAUAUCUAGACUGUUUAUCGAUAUUUCCUAAUGAUUCACAUGUUCAUCAACUGGAACAAGAGAAGUCAACCCUUUUCUUUCUUGUCUUUAGAUUAUUCAUACAUAAAGCUAUAAAUAUAUACAUAUAUUGAGUAUCAUAUGAAUUGUGGAAUAAACAGACAGACAAGCUCAUAUAGAUAAACAUUGAAUUAUUCACAUCAUGUUGCGGUGGUGGUUGUUGUUGGUUGAUUGAUUACAGUUUUCAAAAGGAAAUUUCUUUUUUGUUUCUUCAUCUGCGGUGGUAUGUCACAAAAAAAUUUUUUGCUUUUAUUGAUAAAUUACUUCCUUUUUUUUCAAUGAUUAGGAAUGUUGCUUAUUUCCUCUAACCACUUACUCUACAUCAACCAUAAUUUUGUUUAUUUAUUCAUUCAUUUGAACAUAUAAACAUUGAUACAAGCAGACAUCCAAUGUAUAUGCGCCACACAACUCACUUGAGUUGUGUAAGCGCUGGGAUAUUGCCCCGGUGCCCAAACUGAAAGAGUUGAUUUUCUUAGGGGCCUUCAACCUAUAAGUCUGAUCCACAAGGAAGUGGAGCAACGUCAGGAGAUGAAGUUCCAUGGUAGCCGGUGACUAACGAUUGGUUCAGACGCCAUUCGUUCCCUCAGGAUCCUGGGGUCCAUAUACACCAUUGAUAAGGAAUGAGAGAUUUCCAACUCCCCUAUUUCUACCCUCCAUAUCUAUCAACCCGCAUGGGAAUUCGCUUUUCGUCUUCUCAAUUUUGUAAACAACAGUAAUGCCGUGAGAACACAGUGAGUAUGCACGUAGUCAUGUGAGAGCAUUUGGAGAGGAACAGUUAACUCUCCCCACUUUCAGUCAUACCAGGGCAUUUAUGAUUAUUUUAGCUCCAAUAUAAUUUAUUAUAUGAAUGAGAAUUUCUAGAUGAACAGAUUACCGAUUUCCAAUUAAUAAACGUUGAAGUUAUGCAAGUUCGGUAAAUGUUAAUGAUUAGAAAUUGCCAAAUGAAGACUUCAAGAUGAUAUGGUUGUUAAUGUUAUAUGAUCAUCGGUUUUAGUAAUAUAAUUAAUAUUAAGUUUAUCCAAAGUAGUAGAAACUAUUGUAGUGUCUGCUACUUAUAUCAGUCGACAGACACAAGUAGUAUGUAACAUCAAUCAGAAGUGGAAACCCUGGUAGCAGAAGGCUAUGAAGGUCAACUUAAAGAAAACAGAAGUGAAAUUAGAAAACAAUUAUGAACUGGAAGAAUUGUACAGUAUGUGAAAGAAAAAUGAUGAAAAUUUGCAAAUGAAGUAUUCAAUGUAUGGUUCUCAUAAUUACCAAGAGUCCUAGGUUCGAGUCCGCAUACUGGGUUAUAGAUGCACACUGAUUAGGUAUCACAUGCUAGGAAGAAAUGACCGUCCAAUGCUUACAGGUUUUCUAUAGUGAUCUAACUUAGAUUGACUCAUGAGUUCACCUAUUAAAUACAUUCAUUUGUCCCUACCUGUGAUGUUAUUCAUAUCAUAUUUAUCUAGUUCAUAGUGCUAUUUCCUUUUCCCGGUUAAAGUUACAUAACAUCUACAGUUGAAGGUUAGUCGACAUUGUAUUUCAUACUGUUUGUUGUUUGAGGGUUGAUGUGAAUCAACAGCUUAUUCUGAUAAUAGAUUUCUUACUAGUUCACACUCAACCGUUGGUGAUAUCUUUAUUUACAGGAUCAUUCAUAACUAAUUGUUUAACUCAUAGUUCGAAUAAUGAAUUGAAUAGUUUUUUGAAACUGAGUAGUAUGUUUUCAUCUAUUUUACAUUCCAUAUACUACUUAAAUGUAUUUAAGUAUAAGUACAGUUUACACAUACUAAUUUUGUUCGUAUGUUCAGUUAAUUUUAAUUGCUAAAUGUAUAAGUAUGAAAGAUUAUUUAUCAUGUUGUAGUGUGAUGUGUAUUACUGAUAUCGAUAGAUAUAAGUAGUAUAGAUCAUUAAUCGAAAAUGAAAUGCCUAGUACCAGAACAAUAGGAAAAUCAGAGAAAGGAUAACGAGACCAAAGAAUGAUUGAUGUGUAAACGAAAGAACAAUCAGAUCUGAGGCGAUUGAUUGACACUUUACAAAUGAAGAAUUUACUGUAUGGUUCUCAGAUUAUACUAAGAGAUUCUAUAAUACUGUGUUCAAAUACCUUUGAUUGUCCUCACUUGUUUGUUCUCGUUUACUACAAUAUUAACAAAUGUAUAAUUAUCAGAAGGGGUUUGUGGAGAUUUAAGAAAUUCCACAGAUUGAAAUCAUGCGUCAUUUGAAGCUGGACCACCAUGGAAAACCUAGAGACACUAGACGGACGUUUCGUCCUAGUAUGGGACUCCUCAGCAGUGAGCGUCCACGAUCGUGCACCCCGCGAGACUCGAACCCAGGACCUAUCAGUAUCUGCUCAGAGGUCUAGUUGGUUAAGCACCUGGCGCGAGACUGAUAGGUCUGUGGUUGGAAUCCCGCGGAGUGCGGGAUCGUGGAUGCGCACUGCUGAGGAGUUCCAUCCUAGGACGGGACGGCCUUCCACAAUUUCCAUGGUGGUCUAGCUUCAAUUGAUUCAUGAUUUCAAUCUGUGAAAUUGUAUAAUUCACAAAUGUGAAUUAACUUUAUCAAGGUACAAGUGAAUCAGUCUUAUUAUUGUUACUGUAUUGGAUUCACUCGUUUGAUUCAUUCUCUAAAUGAAAGAUUAUACUUGAUUAAGAUUAUAGUUGACUAGUUAUAAUUCUAAAAUAUGAUUCUGAAUAGUAGAUAUUUGAGCAGUAACAACAACAUAGUACGAUCUGAUUAGCUCUCAUAGAGAAAUUAUGAUUUACUUUAGUAAAAGAAUAGGUUACUAAGUUUAGUUUCUGAAUGAAUAUUAAUGAACAGCAAUAAGUAUAAAAUUGAGAACAUAUAGUGUGAUGUGUGCUACUGAUGUCGAUAGAUAUAAGUAAUAUGGAUCAUCGAUCGAAAGUGAAAUACCUGGUAGCAGAAGGUUGAGAAGAUCUAAGAGAAGAGAACGAGAACAGAGAAUGUUUGUUGUGGAAAUGAAAGAACAAUCAAGUCUAAGACAAUUGAUGGAUAUUUUGCAAAUGAAAUAUUUACUGUAUGAUUCUCAGACUAUUGUAAUCAUUUUCCAUUGUACAUUGAAUAUAUUAUACACAAGUAUAUUAUCAUUAUUAACCUCAGUAGCAGUAGGUCUCAACAUACACAUACGGAAAAGCAAGAUUCUUCCAUACAACACAACAUGCAUCAAUCGAAUCACACUUAAAGGGGAAGCUUUGGAAGAUGAAAAAGUCUUUACAUAUCUGAGUAGCAUCAAUGAUGAACAUGGUGGAUCUGAUACUGGUGUAAAGGUGCGGAUCGUCAAAGCAAGAGCAGUAUAUUUACAACUGAAGUACAUCUGGAACUCAAAACAACUGUCUACGAUGAUUGAGUGACAUCUUACAAUUGAAGUAUUGACUAUAUUUGAUUCUCAAAUGUUACUAAGUUGUUCUGUAAGUUUGGUGUUGAAAUACAUUCGAUUGUCUUCAAUUUUUUUCUCGUUUACUACAAAUCGCAUUUAAACAAAAUUUAUGAAAUGAAGUUAAGAGUUUGACAGUGACCUGCCUAAUUAGAAACCUUACAUUAAAUUGACUUUUCAUUAAAAUGUUUUUUUAGAGGGAAAAUAUAAAUAAGAAGUAAUUCGUUUGUAUAUCAUCAUCAUCAUCUUCAUCACGCAAAUCAUCAUCAUCCAACUUGACAUCAUCAUCAUCUAAGUCAUUCAAAUCGUCAUCAUCAUCUAAAUCAUCAUCAACAUCAUCAUCAUCUCAAUCAUCCGAAUCGUCGUCAUCAUUAUCAUCUAAGUCA